AUGUCCAAUGGCAGUGCGCACAGAGUCCAGAGCUCCAAAAGAGCGCAUCCCACCUUUCACUUCUUUGCCGGCUUGACCUCUGGCGUCUCGAGUGCUGUGCUUUUGCAGCCGGCCGACCUGCUGAAAACCAGAGUCCAGCAAUCUCACUCGUCGUCGCUCCCUACGGUCCUGCGAUCGAUCCUCUCCGGUCCACAUCCCGUGGCCAGCCUCUGGCGAGGAACCCUUCCUUCAGCGCUGCGGACCGGCUUCGGAUCAGCCUUGUACUUCACCUCGCUCAGUUCUCUGCGUCAGAUCCUCGCCAACAACGCCGCGAAGGCGUCCGGAGAUGGAGCGUCUAUCCCUAGAAAGAGCAGCUCCGUGCUGCCGAAGCUUUCAAACCUACAGAAUCUCAUAACGGGGGCGACGGCGAGAGUGUUUGCGGGACUCAUCAUCAUGCCUGUGACGGUGAUUAAAGUGCGCUACGAAUCAGACAUGUAUGCCUACAAAUCCCUUGCCUCUGCAACGAGGUCGAUUUUUGCGCAGGAAGGGCUCAAGGGUUUCUUCUCCGGCUUUGGUGCCACGGCUAUCCGUGACGCGCCGUAUGCAGGCCUGUACGUGCUCUUCUAUGAAGCAAGCAAGACACACCUGAACAAGAUGUUUACGUCACACUCCACCACCGCAGAUCAAGGACAAAGGCGACCUUCGACGACCACUUCGGCAUCGAUCAACGCUUCAAGCGGCGUCAUUGCAGCAGGAUUGGCCACAAGCAUCACCAAUCCAUUCGACGCCGUAAAAACAAGGUUGCAGUUGAUGCCGCAGAAGUACGGGAAUACGUUGAAAGCAGUGCGGCUGAUGCUUCAAGAGGAUGGAAUCAAGAGUUUCUUCGAUGGGCUUGCAUUAAGAAUGGGGAGGAAGGCGAUGAGCUCGGCACUCGCUUGGACAGUAUAUGAGGAGCUUAUCGGACAGGCAGAGCGCUUCGUCUCCAGGCAUGAUGAGGAGAGGGCGGUGGUGUGA